CUCUUUAAUAAAAUCCACGGUUUGCAGUAGUUCGCACAAUAUACAAUCUAUUUACAGCUCAGAACAAAUCCUGCCAAUUAUACUUGUCAGAAAGCAAGAUCUGAAGUUGACUUGAGAACAGGAUAAAAAUUUAGGCACACACCUUUUGUACAAGGCAGUCCAGAGGAACUGUGUUAUCUUAAGAAACUGGGUGUGAUGGAAUUCUAUGCUGAUGAGUAAGCAAAGCUCAGUUCUUUGAAGAUCCCUGCAUUUGUAAUUUAGAUGAAUCUUCGGACAUGGAGGAUUCUGAACAUACUUUGAGCACAACCAUCAAGACAAACAUUCAGAUGGAUGGACAAGGUCUAGGUAUCAUACUUAUUCAGAAUGGGCCUUAUCUCCAAGUUUCUGGUCUGGUAGAGAAAGGUGCUGCUGCCAGAGACGGCAAACUCCAAGCAGGCGACAUCCUACUCAAAAUCGGACACGCCAACGUCUUAGGUUGGACCUUGCGAGAACUCAGACAGCUCCUGCACACUGUUCCCAUAGGGACCGUUCUGCAAAUCCAGAUUUACAGGGAUUUUAUUAAAAUCCCAGGCCGGUGGCAGACUGCCCUCAUGAACAUUCCUGAAUUAAAAGGGCCUGCAACAGAGUAAGAGUUUUCUAUCUGUCCAAGUUUUGGGGAAAUAAACCCUAAAACAGUAGUAACUGUCAGGCUACAUUUCAGCAUAGAGAGUUACCACAGUGAAGAAAAUUGGACAAGCAGCGAAGACUCAGAGAACGAGAGCGAAGAGAUGGUUGAAGGGAGCAAGAACAACAGUGAGGAAAGCUACGAGGAACCGGAGCGCGUGAGAGCUUCGUCAGUGGGCACUGUCCGUAGCGUCCGUAGCAUCCGUAGCGUCCAUAGCAUCCGUAGCAUCUAUAGCAUCCGUAGCAUCUAUAGCAUCCGUAGCAUCCGUAGCAUCCAAAGCAUCCGUAACGUGAAAACUCUGCGCUCACUUUCCAUCAAACAUCAACCCAAAUGGAUCUCCAAAGACUGGCACAUUUUUGAAAGGAAAACCUACACCUUUACCGUGGGUUCCGACAUCGGUUGCGACAUUAUGAUCCACAAGGAUUUUGAAACGGAAAGCGAGCUGGAUAUGUCAACGUUAUAUUUAUCUUCAUCCUCUCCAUAUUGGACUAUGCCCAAACAUAAAGUCCCACACUUGGUAUCAUCAUCUUCUUCCUCCGUGUCAGAUGCAUUUUGGCUCGAAAACGUUUCUUAUGAACUCGAGUAGAGAAGCCCCUGAAUUUAUCUUUGCCCCUAAGUCUAAGAUUGGGGGCGCCUCUCUGGACCUAUGGACUGGAUUUUUAUUUGUACCCCUUAUCCCUGAACUGAAAACUGGUUUUCAUCUGUGUGGAGAUGUGAACAUCUGUUUUUUGUUUGUUUGUUUUUUAAAAACUAAAAAUACUCUCCUGUGGAAAACCACCUUAGAAAGGAAAAAGAAAACUACAAUCCGUUUUCUUACAGGCAGUUUCUGGAAGCCAGCCUCUGAAGAAUAAUGGAAAGAGCUGCCCUUCACUUUUAGAAGAAUUUACUUCAAAAUGACCACACUGAUUUAAGUAAGUGCUACCUU